UCGAGCACUUUCGGUUCGCGGCGAUUAGUCGAGCCCCAUUUUGCAAACGUCGCACAAAACAAUGUGGCUUCAGUCGCGCUCAGUCGUACUCGCACGCCCUCUGCUCGCAACCUCAAUCCGUUUAUUCAGCUCUGCCAUUGUGAAAAACAUGGAGAAGCAUGAAGUGGUUCCCGAUGUAAUUCCGGUGGCUCCGGCCGCAGUGGCCAAAGUCUCCUACCCCAGCGGAGCCGUCGUCGAAGAGGGCAAUGUUCUGACACCGACGCAGGUUAAGGACAUUCCGAAGGUUGAGUGGAAUGCGGAGGCCAACGCGCUAUACACACUCUGUAUGACCGAUCCGGAUGCCCCGAGCCGCAAGGAACCAAAGUUCCGCGAAUGGCACCAUUGGCUGGUCGGCAAUAUUCCUGGCAAUGACAUUGCCAAGGGGGAAACCCUUUCGGCGUAUAUUGGAUCGGGGCCGCCGCCCGGCACUGGACUUCAUCGAUACGUGUUUUUGGUGUACAAACAGAACGGCAAGCUAACGUUCGACGAACUCCGGCUGCCUGAAACUAGCGGCGAAAAUCGCGGCGGAUUCGCCAUUCGGAAGUUUGCUGAGAAGUACAAGCUGGGUAACCCGGUUGCCGGGAACUUGUACCAGGCGGAAUAUGAUGAUUACGUGCCUUUGCUCUACAAGCAGCUUGGUGGAUAAAGAAAAAUGCAUUUAAUGGUUUAAUGGAACAAUUUAUUCCGCUCAUAGCGCGACCUUCGCAAAGCGUUACGCGUGAAAUUGGUAGAAGUUGCUAGAAGCAUAAAUCAAAAUGUGAAAAAAAACAAAAAGGGUAAAAAUAAACUCCACUGAUAAACCGCUACCUAUCUUCGCAGUAUGUCAUAACUCUC